ACUAAACCGGGUGCAUUUCUUGGAGGCCGGAGUGGCUGUGUUUUAGCUUAUUUUAUAUUGCACUAUAAUUAUCUUUUUUUAUUUUCGUUGUACUGUAUCUUUCUUUCUUUUCGUCGUACAACAAUGGAGUGCUUGAACCUUCCCGGAGUUUUGCCCAAUUCUCCCAGGAGAAUGAGGGGACAAAUCCAGGUUAUUUUCGGGCCUAUGUUUUCAGGAAAAAGCACCGAGUUGAUGAGGAGAGUCCGCCGUUUCCAGAUUGCCCAGUACAAAUGUCUGCUGGUCAAGUACUCAAAAGACAACCGCUACUCCGACUCCGGGGUUGCAACACAUGAUAGAAGGACGAUGGAGGCUGUGCCGGCCAGUCAGCUCAGAGACAUCUACCAGCUGGCUCUGGACUGCGCUGUCAUUGGCAUCGACGAGGGCCAGUUUUUUCCAGACACGGUGGAGUUCUGUGAGGAACUGGCCAACAUGGGCAAGACCAUCAUUGUAGCAGCCCUGGACGGCACUUUCCAGAGAAAGGCGUUCGGCAACAUCUUGAACCUGGUGCCCCUGGCUGAGAGCGUCGUGAAGCUGAACGCUGUGUGCAUGGAGUGCUUCAGAGAGGCCGCCUACACCAAGAGGCUUGGGGCUGAGAAAGAGGUGGAGGUGAUCGGUGGGGCAGAUAAAUACCACGCCGUGUGCAGAGCCUGCUACGGAGGCCUGCGGGCGGAGGGGAAGGAGAACUGUUUGCCGCAGCUGACGAGAGAAGAGACACCCCCUCACGCCCUGCCUGCGAAGCACCUGGACACCAAGGUGCCCCGGAAGCUGUUUGCGACACUGCAGGUCUAGCUGGAGUCCUGCCCGGAGGACAUGCUCUGUAAGAGCCACUGAGGAACGGACUGAGAACACUGAAAGUGGCAGUUCUAGUGUAAGACUUUGUGUUACAAGGACAUGAAGGUUUCAAAAACCGCAAACUACAACCUGCUGGGUGUUACAGGCAUAGCCAGGAAAAGUACUGUGUGCAGAAUCGGUGUAUAACACUGAGAACAAGGUCUACAUUGUAAAGAGAAUAGAAACAAAAGCACAAACCCAUUCUGUUUUCUGUAAUAACCUGGGAGAAGGCUAAACAAUUGUUAGGCUUUCUAUUUUAAGUAAAUUGCUUAAUAUUCCCUUCUGUAGGAGGCACAGCUGUUUGUUGGGUAUUUUCUUUUGCGCAUCUGUAAGUGUAGAGAACUACACUUACUGUAGGUCAUAUAUUACACAUUGUCAUGCAUUGUCAAAUAAUAGAAUCCCAAUGCAGUGCUAAACAGAUUGAGUUUUCUUGUCGUUGAGCUUUAGCUUCACCUAGAAACGCAGAUCUUAAAGCAACUCAUAAAACCUAAAACAUAAAACAGACAAGGGUUUUGCGAUUAUCCUCUGCAAACCAUGCUUCAUUUGGAGAAUGUGAUCUUAGAAAGCAAAAAAAUCACAUUCUGACAUUGGCCCUACUACGUCUCAAGGGCUUAAUGCAUGGGUAUGGAGUGUAUUAAAAUGAUUUUGACUGUGUAGUGUAUGGUGUGAUGUGCUGUGUGGAUUUCUUCAAAGCAAUAUGCAUGUUAAUAUCUUCAAAACAGGCAUUUUUCAGUAUCUUAGUUUCUAAUGAUUAGGAAAAAUGUGGUUUAGAUAUAUAUAUUUUUUAAGUUGGUUCAAGCAUUAAUGGUGCCUAUUGUGAACAUCAACCAAACCACUUUUCACCCUGAAGUACAUUUCUUUACAAAUACUGUACAAUUAGAGAUUAACUUCUGAACAAAAAUGCUUUCAAAAACAAAAUGUAUAUUUUUAUCUUAAAAGACAAAACCAAAAGGUUAGGGCUUGGAUGUUUAGGUAACCAGAGAUUGUGAUUCUUUUCAUUUUUUACAUGUGUGUCUGUGGUGUUCCAUGGUGCUGGGUGGAGAAUGACUGUAAGAUGUACUGUAUUUUAACCUCUGCCAGAUCUCUAAAAAGGAGACUUAUUUACAAUGCCAGCUAUUGUACCAUAAACUCACUGCCAAAGUCUCACUUCAGAGAUUUUCCUAUUUAAGUUGAGUAUUUCAAAGUAAGGUGGUGUUUUUUGUAUUAAAUGUGCUGAAAAGCAUUUUAAUUAAACUUUGAUUUAUGAAGAUGUUCUUUAA